GCGUUGCCCCUGUCCCCCCGCCCCCGCGGAGAAUCCGAUCCCGCUCGCUCCUUCAAAGCAUGCGGCCCCGAUGGGAUCCCGUCCUCCGCUCCGUCUACCUCCGUUUCCCCCCGUUUGAGCCGCUCCGCCCAUGGCCGCCACGCGAGUCGAGGACGUCAUGGAGUUCUUGACGGCGCAUGGGUUCGCCCGCGCUGCCGCCGCCCUACGCGAUGACGUCCUCUCCCUCUCCGGCGCCGGAGAGGACGACGCCGACCCCCUCGGCCUCGACCUCCUGCCGCCUCUCAGGAUCUCCCCCGGUGGUCGCGCAGGCGACGGCGGUGCCCUUCCGGUGAGCUCGGCCCCCAGCUCCCGCUCCUCCGACGCCUUCGUCAGCCCCGGCUUGUCCCCUUCCGACUUGUUGAAUCCAUAUGGGAUUUGGUCGCCGGGGGGGACUAAAUCAUCGGACUCCUCGUCGGAGAGGGAAUUUGAAACUGCGCGAGAGUAUGAGGAGUCGAAUUUAUUCAACGAUCCCUUCUGGGAUGAUGACCAGUAUGGGGACUAUCUCAAUGAUCCGUACUUUGUAAAGAUGAGCCCGAGCCCUGCUGAAUGCCGGAGCGAGGAUAAGUUUAUAAUGUCUAUAGAUUCUGAGGAGAGAUUUGGGGAACGAGAAAGAUUUGAUUUUGGUGCGGGAGAUAAGCAUGGAGAUGGUGUUGGUGUUAGUUGCGAGGGUUGUUCUGAGAUUUAUAUAUGUUCUUCUCCUCUUUGUGAUUGCUGCAGUGGAUUAAGGGAGCGGAACGAUGGCAGCUCUAUGAAGAUGGUUGGAAACUCGAGUUCGACGAUAUAUGGGCGGUAUCGGAUAUUGGAUGACCAUACAGAAAGACUGGAUGAAUGCGGGGAAGAAGAUGGAUUGCAGUUGAAGCAGGUAGAUGAGAGGGCCAAGAAUGUUUUUUCGGAAGGUGAUUUGCUUCAGGAUGUCAGUGGAGUAGAAAAGAAGAAAAGUUUGGAGUUUGGAUUAGUGGAGAAGGAAUUGCAGAUGCUUAACUCAUAUGCAGGUGCUAGGAGUACUCUAACAAAUGGUGAUUCUGGAUAUGAGAGAAAAAGCAGUGGGGAUUUAAACAACCGUGGUGAAGUACCUAUCUCAAAUACCACAAAUAAUGAGGUGGUGCAAAAAAGAGAUCACUGCUUACAACCUUUUCCUGAGAGAGAUUGUGAGAAAGAUGUAGAUGAUGCAUAUGAAUUAGGAGAGUGUGAAACACUUGACAGAGGAUUUCAGGAUUCUGGAGCUGUGGGGGUUGAAGGAGAGGACCGUGACGCCAGUGAUGAGCUUCAGCUGUAUAAUUCUAAUGAGGAUGAAUAUGAAAUAUUUGAGUUGAGAAUCAUACAUCGGAAAAACAGGACUGGCUUUGAAGAAAACAAAGAUCUGCCAAUUGUUUUGAACACAGUUCUAGCAGGCAGAUAUUAUGUCACCGAAUAUCUUGGUUCAGCUGCAUUCAGCAAGGUAGUCCAGGCACAUGAUCUUCAUAUGGGAAUUGAUGUGUGUCUCAAAAUAAUAAAAAAUGAUAAGGAUUUCUUUGAUCAAAGUUUGGAUGAAAUCAAGCUCCUCAAAUUUGUGAAUAAACAUGACCCUGCUGAUGAGCGUCAUAUAUUGCGCCUCUAUGACUACUUCUAUCAUCAGGAACAUCUUUUCAUCGUUACUGAAUUACUACGAGCAAAUCUGUAUGAAUUUCAGAAAUAUAAUCUGGAAACUGGUGGGGAGGCAUAUUUCACAUUGCCCAGAAUACAGACUAUAGCUCGACAGUGUUUAGAGGCUCUGGAGUACCUGCAUCAUUUGAGGAUAAUUCAUUGUGAUCUAAAGCCUGAGAAUAUCCUUAUUAAAAGCUACAGCAGAUGUGAAAUUAAGGUUAUUGAUCUUGGAAGCAGUUGCUUUCAGACAGACAACUUGUGCCUGUAUGUCCAAUCUCGUUCUUAUAGAGCUCCUGAAGUUAUUCUUGGUCUACCUUAUGAUCAGAAGAUUGAUGUCUGGUCUCUUGGUUGCAUCCUGGCUGAGCUCUACACUGGUGAUGUGUUGUUUCCAAAUGAUUCAGCGGUCAUGAUUCUGGCUCGCAUGAUGGGGAUUCUUGGUCCAAUUGAUAUGGAGAUGCUUGUCAUGGGCCAGGAAACACACAAGUAUUUCACAGAUGAUUAUGAUCUUUAUCACAGAAAUGAGGAAACAGAUCAGAUAGAGUAUUUAAUACCCGAGAAGUCUACAUUGGCACGUCAUUUGCAAGUUCCGGAUACAAAAUUUCUGGAUUUCCUUUCAUAUUUGCUCCAAACAAAUCCUAGGAGGCGGCCCACAGCAAGACAAGCAUUGCAACAUCCAUGGCUCUCCUUUGCAUAUAAGUAAAUCUGGAUCAAAAGUUUCACUGUGCCUCUUACUUUCAUUAAGCAAGGGCAUUCUCACCAUCGACAGGUUCCAGCACUGUUGUUUGUUUGCUAUUUCUGCAUCCCAAGUUUACUGAGUGAAUUUCUUUAUAAAGAAAAGAAAAAUUAUACCGAGCGAACCGAUUCAUACUUGUAACUAUGCAUGUAAGUGUAAAAAAAAAUUAUGUUCUGUAUAUAGUCAAUGACUUUUUCA